AUGAUCUGUGCCAGUUGCUAUGAAGGUAUUGUGACUGGCUCCUUCUACAGUAUUAUACACUUUAAACGUCAUAGCUUCCCCAAAAGAAUCCUGGAAACUAUAAGGGUGCUGAGAGUUGUUAGAGCUGCAAUUCUCAGUUUCCAGGGAAGAGGGAUUGAUUGUUACAGUACUCUAGGUGCUAGAUCUCUUCAGCAGUAUAUUGUUCCAGGUUUCCAAGUCUCAAAGAGGGUGUCACAGACUGGAAUGGUUGGGGUACAGGAAAAAGGAAGAACAGAAAUGAUAGAAUCUGAGAAACUUCCCUACAACAAAAGACUGAAAUGUCAGCUGCUUUUUAAUUUCGGGCCAGAUGACAAAAGAGGCACAUGA